UAUACAAAUUUUAUUGUAAUUGUCAUGCUAAAAGUGAUAGGUAGAAAUUUUGAAUUGCUAUAAAAAUGUCCAAAAUAAGCUUUCAUACAAUUUUUCUUUCGAAAAAUCUUCUAUAUUCAUAAGAAUUAGACAUCAUUUGAAUUAAAACAUACUUAUAUUCAGUAAAAUAUUGCAACGUAAAUGGGUUUUCGUGUGUAAACGGAUUUUCCUUUCAUAAUUUGUCUCACGACACUAUACCCCGCUAGCUCAGCCGUUUAAGUUACUGGUAGAGAGGGUUCGGCCUGUGCUUUCGCUCCAGGACUUCGGACAGCAUACUGACAAUACAAAGGGACAAUAAAUUCAACAAAUCAAGUUCGUGACGUCCCACCUUCCGAGAUAAAAUAAAUAUACCCACCGGUUCCCACCGACUUUGUUAGACUGGAACAUGAACCUCGUAAUUCCAUGAACUAGGGAACAAAAUCAAUCCAGUAAAAAAAAACAUCGCAUUCAAUCUAUUCCCGUUUAAUUUUCGGUCUAACCAGAGCAAUGUCUGAAACACAUUUUUCAAUAUCAUUGACCAGUUCAAGACCUUAAAUAAAACAUGCGACAAUACAAAAUUCCAUUUUAGAGUAAGGCACGAACAAUUCCGAAGAUUGGCGACCGUUACUCUAAAAUAUCCCUCGGAUUAACCAUCUUUCUAAAUAUCGCUAUCAAAAUGAACCCCAUCUCUUUAUAAACCUGAAAUCAUAAAAAAUCUAGCUAGUGUACAAUUCCUUUUAUUUAUUUUGGAACGGAAACGUAAAUUAAUAAUUUAGAAAUGUUUUGACUCUAAAACCGAAAAGAAAUAUAUCAAAUGUAAAGUAAGAAAUAUUUAAGUCAAACAUUGAAAUACGAAUAAAAUGAAAUUUAAAGUACGACUUACCAGUACGAAAUUUUUCCCCAAUCUAAAGAAAUAUUGUCCAGACGAGGUUUAAAUAUCCAAGUCUGGACAUUGCGUCUCAAGCACGAGAAAAACGAUCCCCGCGAAAAAUGAACGGACAAACAAGUUAUAUAUAUAAUAUCUAAAAAUAGAAAAAGGGGAAUUUACGAUGACCCAUAAACGUUGCUAUAACCCCCUACCCAGAAAAACAAAUCGUCCGCGAUUUGACAACAAAGUAAGACAAUUUAAAGGACAAGACACGGUUGUCUUAAAACAGAUGAAAAUGUACAUUGUAUAUAAUUUAAAAGUUCAAAAAGUUCAUCAAAGUCUAAAUGUUGAUAAAUGUCCAUGAAGGUCCAUGCGGUGAUGAAAGUCCAAACGGUGAUGAAGGUCCAAACGGUGAUGAAAGUCCAAACGGUGAUGAAGGUCCAAACGGUGAUGGAGGUGCAAACGGUGAUGAAGGUCCAAACGGUGAUGAAAGUCCAAACGGUGAUGAAGGUCCAAACGGUGAUGGAGGUGCAAACGGUGAUGAAAGUCCAAACGGUGAUGAAGGUCCAAACGGUGAUGAAGGUCCAAACGGUGAUGAAGGUCCAAACGGUGAUGGAGGUGCAAACGGUGAUGAAAGUCCAAACGGUGAUGAAGGUCCAAACGGUGAUGGAGGUGCAAACGGUGAUGAAGGUCCAAACGGUGAUCAAGGUCCAACAUGUUCAUUGUCGACAUUGAUGAAGGCAAUUUCUUCAUAA